GAGAGCCGUCGUGACAACAUGGCAGGAACUCCUGGACUUUGGGCUCUUGACUACAACUGUCACCUGGCCUCAGUAUAUAUACACGGAAGCUCCCUCGCACACUCGCAAACCCGCUAAUCCCCGAGAGAUACACAAGCCACACGCAGGAAGACACAGUCAUGAAGGCGUUUGUGGUAAUAGCCAUUGCUGUGCUGUCUGGCUGUCAUGCCAACCUCUUCUAUGCUGAUGAGCCCAAGCCCCAGAUGGAAGUGCUGAUUGAUUCUUUCUGGGACUACAUUGCGAAGGCCACCCAGACAGCAGAUGACACCCUGGACAUGAUCAGGAAGUCUGAGUUUGGACAGGAAGUCAAUGCCCGCCUGGCAGAUAGCGCCGACCUCGCCAGCACCUAUGCAGUCACUCUGCAGGAGCAGCUUCCCCCUGCAGCCCAGAGCCUGAUGACCAAGAUCUCCACAGAGGCUGAUGUGCUGAGAAACGUGUUGACCAAGGAGCUGGGCACUGUCAGGGAGAAGCUGGAGCCCUACACCGAGGACAUGAAGGCCCAGAUCCAGCAGAGAGUGGAGCAGCUCAAGCAGGAGGUCGUCCCCUACGCAGACUCCCUGGACUCCGAGGCCCUGAGGACCACCCUGACCCAGAAGAGCGAGGAGCUGAAGACCAGCCUGGAGCAGAGCGUGAAGGACCUGCAGGCUCAGCUGGGGCCCUACACCGACGACCUGAAGAAGAAGGUGGACCAGCACCUGCAGGAAUUCCAGGAUAGCGUGGCCCCGAUGACAGAGAAAGUCCAGGUUGAGCUCAGUCAAAGAGCCAACUCCGUGAAGAAAAUGGUGGCCCCCUAUGCUGAGGACCUGAGAGGAAAGCUUGACCCCUACGCCCAGGACCUCCAAGCCCAGCUCAUGUCCUUCUACCAGUCCUUUGUCAAUGCCAACUGAGUCAUCCUCCAUCGUCACCCUGCAUCAUAGUGAACAAGAUGCCGGCCUUGUGUGGUCUACCUCUGUUUGAAGCAUGUAAUAAUUUAAAUAUCCGAACUGUACUGUAAAACAAAUUAAACAUAAUAUUUAUUGCUAAUUGCAAUAUUUGCAAAGCAGACAUCUGUAUAUACCUUGUUUUUAUUGUGCAUUAUGUAGUUGGAAACUGUAAUUUCUUUGUCUGAAAGAUAUGAAAGAAUAAAUAGAUUGAUCUGAAAGAAA